CAUAAGAUCUGAUUCAGUGCAAAUCCGUGUUCCUUUACUUUUCGAGAAAAAUUUACUUCCUUAGAAAAUGUCGCGUGCGAUGUGCAACCCAACAAUGGUGAGUAGGAGUGUUCUAGGGUCCCAAACGAGUUCAAAAUCGGUGACAGAGACAAUGAGUGGUUCCCACGAGUUUGUGAUCAAGGGUUACUCACUAACGAAGGGAAUGGGCAUUGGGAAAUACAUCGUGAGUGAGAUUUUCAUAGUGGGAGAGUUCCAAUGGGCCAUAUACUUUUUCCUUGAUGGUAGGGACCCCAAAGAUAAUGCUGCUUAUGUCUCUGUCUUUGUUGCACUCCAUUCCGAGAGCACCAACGUUUGUGCGUUGUUCGAUCUCACGUUGCUCGACCUAUGCAAGAAAGGAGAGCACAAGGUUCAUAGCAACUUCAGUCACUCCCUCACGAUUGGGCCUUACACUCUCAUAAACCAUGGCAGCAUGUGGGGCUAUACGCGGUUUUUCAAACGGAGACACCUUGAGACGUCAAAUUUUCUCAAGGAUGACUGCUUGAAGAUAAAUUGCACUAUUGUGGUUUUAGUGUCGUCCAUAGAUUAUUCUCAGUUAAACACAAUACAGGUUCCUGAAUCUGAUAUUGGUGAACAUUUUGGGAUGUUGUUAGAGGAUGAGGAAUCAUUUGAUGUUACUUUCUUGGUUGGUGGAGAAAGGUUUCAUGCUCAUAAGCUUGUUUUGGCAGCUCAAUCAACCAUGUUUGAAACUCAAUUUUUUAAUGCGAUGAAGAAGGAUGAUCAGGAGAUAGUUGUUAUUGACAUGGAACCUAAGGUUUUCAAGGCUUUACUUCAUUUUGUUUAUAGAGACACUCUUUUGGAAGAUGAAGAGCUCUUUAUGUUGGAUUCGUCAUUCUUUCCUUCGUUGUCUGAAUCAUUUAUAGCAAAGUUGUUAGCUGCUGGAGAAAAGUAUGGUUUGCCAAGACUAAUGUUGAUGUGUGAAUCUAUACUUUGUAAAGACAUAUCUGUAGAUUCUGUUGCCUAUAUUUUUGCUCUUGCUGAUCGUUAUCGUGCUACCCACUUGAAGUCCAUCUGUCAAAAAUUUUCUGCUGAAAACUUUGAUGCCAUGAUGCAUUCUGAUGGUUUUGAGUAUCUUAAGAAAAAUUGCCCAUUACUGCAAUCAGAACUGCUAAAGACUGGAGUAGGAUGUGAGAAACAAUUUAGUUGAGUGGGAAAAUACUAAAUUGUAUGUGCUUAAUCCAAGGUCUAGUUUAGAGGAGUGACGACCUAAGAUCCAAGGUUGGAAGAGACCAGAAAAAUAUAAAAGAAGAUUAUAUAUAGUUGUGCAGUAAUCUUUUUAUAUAUUAUAUUAUGUUACUUUAUAAAUGAAUUGAAAUUACAUUCUUCUAUAA